AUGCGCACCUUGUUCAGGAUUAAGCCUCUGCCAGUGUUAAUAUUCGUUCGAGCGCAAUUUGACUACGAUCCGCUGGAGGACGAGCUGAUACCGUGCGCGCAGGCUGGAAUCGCGUUCAAGACCGGCGACAUUCUGCAGAUCAUCAGCAAGGACGAUCAUUACUGGUGGCAGGCGCAGAAGGACAACGCGGCCGGAUCCGCGGGGUUGAUCCCUUCGCCUGAACUUCAGGAACGGCGUAUCGCGUACAUGGCAAUGGAAAAGAACAAGCAAGAACAAGAUGCUGAAGGAGAAGGAGGAUGUUCCUCUCACACCGAAGGCUGCGACGGUUCGACAGUGAAUUGCUCAAUAUUCGGCCGGAAAAAGAAGCAGUACAAGGAUAAGUAUCUCGCGAAACACAACGCAGUCUUUGACCAGCUGGAUCUGGUCACCUACGAAGAGGUCGUUAAGCUUCCCUAUUCUGUAUUCCAACGGAAAACGUUAGUGUUACUGGGAGCGCAUGGCGUUGGUCGUCGUCAGAUAAAAAAUACCAUUAUUGCGAAGCACCCUGAUAAAUACGCCUAUCCUAUUCCACAUACAACGAGGCCUCCACGGAACGACGAAGAGAACGGUCGCAAUUAUUAUUUCAUAUCGCACGAUGAAAUGAUGGCCGACAUCGCUGCCAAUGAAUACCUCGAAUAUGGUACGCACGAGAAUGCCAUGUACGGAACGAAACUCGAAACGAUCCGGAAAAUACACGAAGAAGGCAAAGUGGCGAUAUUGGACGUCGAGCCUCAAGCCUUGAAGGUGUUACGUACAGCGGAGUUCGCGCCUUACGUGGUUUUCAUCGCUGCCCCGGUGUUCCCAAACAUGCCCGAUUGCGACGGAAGCCUGGAAAGACUGGCGAAAGAGUCGGACUCGUUGAAGCAAGCGUACGGCCACUUCUUCGACCUGACCAUCGUAAACAACGAGAUCGAUGAGACGAUCGCACAAUUAGAGGCAGCCAUCGAGCGGGUUCAUACGACACCGCAAUGGGUACCCGUGUCCUGGGUCUACUGACAGCGAACCUCGCCAAUUCGUCAGAUCACUAACUGCAAUGGCUCGUCGAACGUGAAACAGUGAUCAUCGAAUCGCGAUCCACCGAACGACCGGUCCGUUUACGAUCGUUUAAACUGCGGCCAACGAUAAAUAUUCUCAACGUCGCACGCCUGUGAGAAUUCGCGGUGUUCGCGAGGGAUUAUCACGAUGAUGAUGAACCGUGAAUAGCGGAUUCGUGAUUAGCGAGACAAGCCGCGUAACAAACAGGUCGGACCAAUCGAACGAACGAAUUUACCGUCAAUUCUUCGAUCGAUCCACACAACACGAUAUCGACUGGAAUGCGUGACUUUGGCCGUGUGUUCAUCGACUUUUUUCAUUACUAUUGAAUUAACUCUGUAAUUAAUUAUUGAAUCGUCGUUAUCGUUACACGACGCGGGUAGAGACGGAGAGACGAAACUGUCGAACGUUAUCCCGAGGCGCAGAAUACGACAAUCAAAAAAAAAAAAAAAAGGAAAAGAAAA